GUAAUUGUCAUUUUCAUUAUUAUGUAUAGAUUGAUACAUGGAUGGCAGUGUUGCAGAUAAGGUUCCCAUAAGCUGAUUGUUCUAGGUCCAUCUCGCAAAACCUCAUUCGAUUCUCUCAAAUGUCUCUCUCCCUCUUUUCGUGUUCCCAGUUCUUUUCUGCAAUUCCUUUCUCUCAGGAAGCUAAUGACAAGCCCAAUUCCUUGUCGUUUUGGAGGAGAAAAGUGAACAGAAGGUUUGAGGUGAGUGCUGGGGCUAAGCGAAUAGUUUAUGGUAGAGAAUGCAGAGAGGGAUUGCUGAUUGGAAUCAACAAACUUGCUGAUGCUGUUUCUAUCACGUUAGGGCCUAAAGGCCGGAAUGUAGUCCUCUCUGAAGAGGAUGCUGUUAAAGUAAUAAACGAUGGUGUUACUAUAUCUCGAGCCAUUGAGCUUUCAGAUACAGUAGAAAAUGCUGGGGUGAUGCUCAUUCAGGAGGUUGCAGCUAAGACAAAUAGUUUAGCUGGUGACGGUACAACCACUGCCAUUGUUUUGGCCCGUGAAAUGAUAAAGGCUGGGUUGCUCGCUGCUUCUUAUGGUGCUAAUCCUGUUUCUUUGAAAAGAGGAAUGGAGAGGACCGUGAAGGAAUUGAUUAAUGUUCUGAAGAAUAAUAGCUUUCCUGUAAAAGGAAAUAAUGAUAUAAAGGCCAUUGCAACAAUAUCAUCCGGAAAUGAUGAAUGUAUUGGGGGCAUAGUAGCUGAUGCAAUUGAGAAGAUUGGCUCUGAUGGAAUUAUAGUUAUUGAGUCUUCCACAUCGACUGAAACCACCAUCAUUGUUGAAGAGGGAAUGAAGGUAUUCCUGUGUGAGCUUUUUAUACAUGCAGUUGUUGAAACUAGGACGUCAACCACAUCUUAGGCGAGAUUUUACAAUUGCGAAUAUGAUCCAAGAAUGAUGUGGCCUUUAACUCUGUUGCAUGGCAAUAAAUCAUUGAGUUAAUCACAACCCCAAAACCUAAUACUCGUAGUAAUCUGCUAAGGCUUUAGUUGCUUGUGUUGAGGAAGCACAGUGCUAUUUGAACCAUCAUCAUAAACACCUCAAUCCCAAUUGAAUGGAAUAGAUGGCCAAAAAAUUGUACUGUUACUCAAUUAUUUUGAAUUAGUUGAUACUGUGAAUUCAAGCAAAAGCAUAGUGCCUAAGUAUCUUUCUGUCACAACAUGCCACACAGGGACUAAAGGAAUAAUGAGAUGAAAUUCUAAAAUCAACAAAUUAUAGUAUUCAUCCACUUGUAUUUCAAAUAUCAUGAGAUGCCAAUGAAUUGAGAUAGUGUUU